AUGCCCGACCUAGUCGUACCUACCUCUGCACGCUGGCACAAGGCUCAAGGUCGUCUCGAGCGUCCAGCCCGCUCCGCCCACGCCGAAGCCCCUGGAUCGGGGCGUGUAGCCAUCCAGUGGAUCACCGCCGCCAUGGCCAGCUCGGCCUUUCCCGGCGGGCUCCUGGGCAGCGCCCUGCGGCUGCUCGUCUUCAUCGCAGUGGGCCUCGCGUUCGGCUUCCUGUUCGAGCGGUCGCACGUGUACGAGCCUGACGCGAUUCGGAAGCAGUUCAUGUUCCAGCGCAACAUCAUGCUGAAGAUGUUCGUCGGGGCGGUCGGCGGCGCGGCGUUAACGUUCUACGUGUAG